ACUCAAAAGUGGCCGAACGAACGCCCAAACGCACCACAGGACAGCCAGGCGCCGUAUUCCACCUCCGGCUCCGGCGCCGCCGAUGGCCGGAUCACGCCGCCAUCCAACGGUCCGCCUCCUAUGCCCCAAGAAGUCGCUCCUCUCCCCGCCCUCUCCUUCCCUCCGCUGGCUCGUUGGCUCCCCGCGCUUCCUCCCUCCGCUCACCGUCGCCGCCGCGCUCCGCUGCCUCCCCGGCGGCGCCGACGCCUCCUCCUCCUCCCCCGAUCUCCAGCGAGAAGCAGAUGAGAUCAGGGGUUUGCUGGUGCGGGGUUUCGACGUCGUCGGGGCGCUGCACGUGGGGAGGAGCGCGGAGUUCGGGGCGGAUGCUCGCGGGGCUCUGGAGUUGGCCCGGGCGCUGAGGGAGAGGCUGUCCGGCGAGAGGGCGAGCCAUGGCAUGGUCGGAGGCUGCGUGGACGCCGGCACCGGGGAGAUCCAGUUUCUUGUUUCAGAGGGGGACGGGCUGGAAGCGGUGGAAGCGGCGGGGGUUGUGUGGGAGGAUGAGCCGGGGAGGUUGCUGUGGGAGAAGGGCUGCCUUCUGCGCUGCGAGCUGCCUCUAAAGCUCCCGCUCUAUGCUUCUUCUGACGACAUGUCCGGCAUUGAAGCAAGGUUUUUUUCACUGAUUGAAUCAACAGUUUCUAAGCUCAGAGAUCCUCAUGUUUCUUACCUAAUUGAAGGCCCAUUAGCAACUCGUGAUGAAUCACAUUAUUCUGUUAUCUUGCAUGGCAAUGAUUUGGAUUCUGUUUCCAAUUUAACUCACAAUGAAAGCGCAGAGGUUUACAGUGCAAAUAUUGUAUCCUGUUCAAAAUUCUUCCCAGCAAAGAGGUUUAACCUCUCAUUGACAGGAGAGAAUGCAGAUGCAAUUCAAAUAACCAUAUUGUCCAAUCAGUCAUUCAAUAACUCAAAGGCUAACAUCCCAGUGGUAGAGUACUUUCCAGCACCUGCAUUGGCUAGCCUGAGAUUAAUCAACUUGAAGCUGGAUAUACUAUGCUACAGUUCUGUUGAUCUUCCUGUAGCUGCUGCGGUAUCUGAGCUAGUUAUUCCAGGAUUAGCUGAUCAGCUGAAUGUUAUGAAGAAAGCUAUUGUUUCAGAGCUCACAACUCAACAACCCCAGCUUUGUCCGUACCAUUUUGUUCCUCCUGGAUUGUUUAUCCCAGUGACAGCUAUAUAUGACACAAGAUAUGGGGAGAUUGAAGAAAAACAAAGUGAACUGAGAAGAAAUCUGCACUUACGGCUACAGCUUCCCUUAGAUCGUCCUUUAUUACGAAUUUCCAAUGCACUAAAAUUUUCCAUUGGAGGGACAGAUAAGAAAGCAUCAAGAAAUAGUUCAUCAUUGCUACGGGAUGUCCACAGAGAGAUUCCAUCCAGUGGUGUAUCUGGAGGAAUUAUGUCAUUGAUUGAUGGUUCAUAUGAGUACUACCAUUACCUUCAUGAUGGUAUUGAUGAUAAUGGAUGGGGAUGUGCUUAUCGUUCUCUGCAAACUAUUGUGUCUUGGUACAAAUUGCAGCAGUAUUCAUCUAUAAAUGUUCCAUCCCACAGGGAAAUUCAGCAAGUUCUUGUUGAAAUUGGUGAUAAGGACUCAUCAUUUAUUGGAUCUCGAGAGUGGAUUGGAGCAAUAGAACUAAGCUUUGUCCUUGACAAACUGCUUGGAGCUAGUUGCAAGAUUAUUAAUGUGAGAUCGGGCGAUGAGCUUCCUGAGAAAUGCAGAGAACUUGCAAUCCAUUUUGAAACCCAGGGAACUCCUGUGAUGAUUGGUGGUGGAGUUUUGGCUUACACCCUUUUAGGAGUUGAUUACAACGAAACCAGUGGUGAUUGUGCUUUUCUCAUCCUUGAUCCACACUAUACUGGUUCUGACGAUCUCAAGAAGAUCGUGAAUGGUGGAUGGUGUGGGUGGAAGAAAUCCGUUGACAGCAAAGGUUGUAGCUUCUUCUUGAAGGACAAGUUCUACAACCUCCUACUACCACAAAGACCCAAUAUGGUGUAAAAACAGCAUUGCUGUGGAACUUGUACGUAGAAGUGUUCAUCUAUGAAUCAAAGAGAGCAUCAACUGUCAAUGUGAAACUUUUAAGCAAA